AUGCUGAAGGACGUGCAGCCGAAGCCACGGAGAUCCUCCUCAAUAUCAUGCGGACAGCAGACAAGGAGGAACGCAAUUGCGGGUUGGAUUCAGUACUCUGCUGCGUUGUCCCUCAGUCCUCCAAGUCCGGCAGGUCUGCUCAUCAAACGAAGCCGAGCUCGGGCUGCAAAAGAGUUGUGGGAGGAUGCACUACAGGAUGCAAAUGAGGCGGUGAAAGUGGAUCCCUCCAGCCCUUGGGGUUUUGAGGCCAAGCAUGUGGCGCUUCAUGGCGCGAAGCAGUAUGACGAGGCGAUUGAGGCUUUCAAGUCCAUGCUACUCAGGAUCGAACAGUCCUGUGACCCUGAGACUAUCCAACUCCGUAAGAACUACAUUUCGCCAUCUGACACAAUUGCGGCUAUCGAUUCCAUCGUCCGCGAGAUCUGUUGUCCCUUCGUCGUCAUUUAUGUCACUACUGGUCGCCUUUGCGACGAGACUGAGCGGAUGCGUAUAUUCAAGGCUCAUCCGAGGUUCAAAGAACUUGUGUCAUCUAUGACGAAAAAAGUGGACGAGACGCAGAUCCGACCUGUGGUUAAAAGUUUUUUCGGAUACGUCAUGUUCUCGCACGCAUGGCAGGGGAAGGAGCCGUCGUUCCAGGACGUCGACAAAGUCAACUCCGUGUGGGACCUUCCGCUCCAGGACGUCAACGAAGUCAACCUCGUGUGGGGCCUUCCCAAAACGCGCCUGAAUAAGAAGUUGCGUGAUUUCUGCGAGGAAACACGCAGGCUCGGUUACAAUUGGGCCUGGUCGGAUACGUGUUUCACGCUUGUAUACCUUGCCGGUGUAGCCCAUCCGUCCAAGCCUGGAGACCUUGCGCAGCUUCUCUCACCAGGAGUCAUCUUGUUCUAUGACUCCGAGUGGAAACCAUACCUCGGCGAUAUUGGCAUGAACCACAAGCAAUCUCCGGUGAUCAUGCAAGAGCUUGCAGAUGCUAUCAAGAUUUCCUCUGGAACCAUUGUCAGGUUCUCUCCAGAUGAUCUUGGGGUUCGCGAAAAACUUCGUCUUGCUUCUACACGCAAUGCGACGAAGGAGGAAGACGUCGCAUACUCUCUGAUCGGCAUAUUCAAAUCUGAUAUCAGGCCCCACUAUGGCGAAGGAACCGACGCUCUCGGACAUCUGCUGGAGGAGAUCGUAGCUCGCAUUGGCGAGGUCACCGUACUUGCGUGGUCAGGGACGUCGUCGUCGUACAACAGCUGUCUCCCGGCUUCCGUUUCCGUCUACAGCCAAAUUCCUUACACCCCUCCGUCACUCGAAGGAGAAGAAACGGAAACAUGCAUCACAAAAUUGCGCAGAAAGUUGCCCCAGGAAGUUGUCCUUAGCAUUUAUAAUCAAAUCAAGUUGCUUCCGCCUGCGCGUUUUGGUACCAGACGUCUACAUCUUCCAUGCAUCAUCUUCCCCCUCAGAAGACUGGAGCUACGCAGUGGCAGUGAGAAGCUGUAUCGUGCCAGGGUAUCAGGACUUGGAAAAGUGGAGUUCUCGACCGCCGACGACCUCCCGCUGCAUGAGGCACAUAAAUUUGUCUUCGUACAUCCGUGGGUUGGUCAUAUCCGAGGUCCCAAUAGUGUGGUUUCCUGGGGAGAUGAUCCGGAGUCCGAUGCUGACUCUAACUGCGAUUCAGAUCACGACGCUGAAUCGGAUGGAGUUUCUCUGCCGUCUUCGCCGUUACACGCUCUCCCCCCUCGAGUUGACGGCUAUACCCGAGCACUGCAAAUGAUUGCUCGUCUCGGACAGCCGUUCAGCGCGUUGCUGCUCGCACAGCAGCCAAAGGGAGAGUACAGGAGGGUUGCCACAGAGGAAGAGAUUGUCGUUUCAGGACUUGGAACCAACAUCCCCACGAACAUUCGGGCGGGGGUGUUAGAAAUCCUUUGACGUGUAUAUGGAGGAUUGCUGGUCGUUAAAGCUGGUCUAUCUUUCCUCCUUUAGCAGUCAUUUUUUGUGUUCGUAUCCUCCUCCGUGCUGUUUCGUAGUCUUUGCUCAUCGUCCUCAUCAUACCCCUCCGGACAUCCUCAUAUCUGUUGUUUAUAUGUAGAUACGCAUGAUCAGCUAACGUACCGACACGAUAUAUUCAUCUGAUACCUAUUCUACAACAACCUCAACAAUUCAUUGUCCAGAACUCUUUGGAG